AAUAUGAAUUAUCUACUUAUUUGUGUUGUAUUUCUGUUAACAAGUGUCGUGACCCAGACAAAUGCAGCUUCCAGUCAAGAUGAAGAAAACGCUGUGCACGAUCAUGUUAUCAUGCAGUCUGUCAAAGACGCCAAGAACCUAGUGGACUCUGCAUACUUCCAGACAAGGACGAAUUUAAAGAUACAAUCAAAAAGGGAAGCUGCACGACUUUCCGAUAUAAUGGCAUUCUUCAAACAAGCUGCAGGAGCCACUAGAAAUGUCAUCCGGUCAGCAGAUUACUUGGAUGUGACCCGUUGGCUCAUCUCUGAGAAGCUGAAAAUUAAUUACCCCCAGGCCAAAAAUGUAUCAGAAUUUCUAACAGCAGAACAAAAUGAAAUAAUUUCCAAGCUGACUGGAUGUGCCUAUCAGUACCUGCCAAAAGUAUGUGAACCCUCCCCCUACCGCAGCAUUACUGGAGAAUGUAAUAACAGAAAGAAUUCUAUCCUUGGAGUAUCCAACACUGGUUACAGACGUCUUCUCAGCCCAGAAUAUGAGGAUGGUGUAUCACUGCCACGAGGCUGGACUCAAAGCCGUCCCAUCAAUGGGUUUACUCUACCCUUGGCACGUGAGGUAUCAAAUGAAAUUGUUAAAGUCUCUAAAGAGUUAACACUGGAUGAUGGUAGAUCUGUUAUGUUCAUGCAAUGGGGUCAGUGGUUGGAUCAUGAUGUUGGCAUCUCAGUUGCCACCCCAGCAACUUCAUCGUUUUUGCCAAAUGUGGAUUGCGCUAACACCUGCGCCAACACACACCCUUGUUUUCCUUUAAUGAUUCCACCAACUGAUCCUCGGUAUAUUAAUGGGAGUAGGUGUAUCUCUAUGAUCCGCACAGCAGCGGUGUGCAGCCUGACAACUCCGGUGCGUCAGCAGAUAAAUGGCCUGACUUCAUUCGUUGAUGGAAGCCAGGUGUACGGUAGUGACACGAAUGUUGCUAACAAGCUACGCAACAACACAAACCAACUGGGUCUAUUGGCUAUAAAUCAGAACUUCUCCGACAAUGGAUUACCCUUUCUGCCUUUCAUAGGAAAGGCUCCUGACCAAUGUUCCAACACGAACUCAACAUUGGGAUUACCUUGUUUUCUGGCAGGGGACAUUCGUUCUAAUGAACAAAAUAUGCUGACUACAUUCCAUACUCUCUUCUUGAGAGAACACAAUCGCAUUGCAACACAGAUGCGUAAAUUAAAUCCAAGAUGGUCAGGAGAGAUGCUAUAUCAAGAAACCCGCAAAAUAGUAGGAGCAAUCUUGCAGAAAAUAACAUACAAAGAUUGGCUGCCCCUCCUGUUGGGCAAUGAGAUGUCAACAGUAUUGCCUAAAUACAGGAGCUACAGUGAAGAUGAGGACCCAACAAUAGCAAAUGUCUUCAGCAUCGCCUACAGAAUGGGUCAUACUCUGGUGCAGCCCAUCAUUUAUAAAUUGGCAGAUGAUUAUAGUUCCUACAGUCCUGAACCACUAGUCCCACUUCACCAAACCUUCUUUGCUUCAUGGAAAUUAAUCCGACAAGGUGGAACUGAUCCUAUACUGAGAGGUAUGAUGGUUAAUAAUGCCAAGCUAAACCAACAGGACCAGAUCAUGGUUGACGAGUUGAGGGAACGUCUUUUCCCAGUUUUUAAUCGCCUGGGUCGUGAUCUAGCAUCUUUUAAUAUACAGCGAGGUCGAGACCAUGGUUUACCAGGAUACAAUGCAUGGAGAAGGUACUGUGGCCUUUCCGCACCACGUAAUGUUGAUGAACUCACCACUGUGCUGAAUAAUAGGAAACUUGCAGAAAAGCUCAUAAAGCUGUAUGGAACACCUGAAAAUAUUGACAUCUGGGUUGGCGGGGUCUCUGAGCCUUUAGUUCCCAAUGGAAGAACUGGGAAGUUGUUGUCUUGUUUGAUUGGAAACCAGUUCCGUAGGACGAGAGAUGGAGAUCGGUAUUAUUAUGAAAAUUCUUCAGUAUUCAGUUCAGCACAAAGAAAAGCUAUAGAGUCAGUGUCUAUGGCCCAUAUCAUAUGUGCUAAUACCAGAAUUAAACAAGUUCCUCAAAAUGUGUUUUUGGCUAAUAAGUUUCCCAAAAAUUUUAUUGCCUGUUCCAAAUUCAAAACAAUGGACUUGCGUCCUUGGAAAGCUUAGAUCGUCAACAAUAAUCCUAUGGAAAUCUCCAAGUUAAAAAAUCUGCCAUUGAAUUUCCCUGCUGAUCAUAUUUGUAAUCAUGGACUCUUAUGACUGUUAAUUUUACGACUAUAAUAAUCUCUCCUCUAUCACAUUUCAAUCUUAAAAUUUUUACUUUUAUUUAUAUACUGAAAAUGCGAAACCAUUAGUUCUCAGACACAUUAAUAAAAUAGAAACCUGCCAAUGCCGGUGUAACGGUAAUAAAACAUUCACCAAAUGUAACAUUUCAUAUGACGGAAAUAUUAGUAGAAUGACCAGUUUUCCUACCGUGUUUCUCCGAAAAUAAGACCGGGAUAAUCCUGAUAGGGCUUACUUUCGGGGUAGGGUUUAUUUUUGGGGAAACAGGGUAGUACUGAAUUUUAGAAGCUUGUACUUCUCAUGUAUGCCGAAUUAACAUUUUAAAGCAUUUCCGUAAUGGUGUUUGACAGAAUAAAAGCCUUUUUUUAUCUGCUAGCUUAGUAUGUGCACCCAUUUGUGUAGAAGACAAUUCCUACGUUUGCCUGGUAAUUUUCUUAUAUUGUAUGUUACAAAAAAAAAAAAACUUAAUGAAAUUAUUGAAUGAAACUUGAAAUGUUUUGUUCAGGUUGUAAUGGUUAUACCAAUACCUCAAUGUGUUUUUUAUUAAAGCCAUUUAUGUGAUAUUUUGAAUAUUUAAUUUUUUAUUUUUGGAAUGUAAUGGUUUUACCAAUAUUUCGAGUGGACUUAUUGUUUGUAAAGUCAUGUAAGCAUGCAGUAAUAUGGUCAAUAUUAAUGGAAUUGUCUUUCAGGGU